AUUCAGAUAUUGAAACAUCAUCCUGUGUUUUCUGAGAAGAAGCAUGCUUUCUAAGACUGUAACUGCCAGUUUUGCUUCAGCGAUCCAUGGUUUGACCGGCAGCAAUCUUACAGAUGCUGUGAUCCAGAGAAGCAAGCGUAUGAUCCUUGACACAAUAGGAGUUGGAUUAAUUGGCACCACAACCGAUGUUUUUCAUAAAGUCUUACAAUACAGCAAAAUGUACACCACAGAUAGCUCGAGCACAGUUUGGGGCCAGCCACAUCUCCAAUUUCCUCCUGUCUACGCCUCCUUUGUCAAUGGAGUUGCAAUUCAUUCAAUGGAUUUUGAUGACACCUGGCAUCCUGCAACACACCCAUCUGGAGCUGUUCUGCCACCAUUGAUUGCCAUUUCAGAAACUGUUCUUAAGCAUCAGAAACCUUCCGGGCUUGAUCUUCUGUUGGCUUUCAAUGUAGGCAUUGAGGUCCAGGGCAGACUCAUGCGAUUCUCUCACGAAGCCAGCAAUAUUCCAAAGAGAUUUCACCCACCUGCAGUGGUUGGUACUAUGGGAAGCGCAGCAGCUACAUCUAAACUUCUAUGUCUAGAUCCUUCUCAGUGUAGAGAAGCUUUGGCAAUUGCUGCUUCGUACUCUGGCGCUCCACUGGCUAAUGCAGCCACACAAACCAAACCACUACAUAUCGGUAAUGCCAGCAGGAAUGGCUUGGAGGCUGCCUAUUUGUCCUUUUUAGGAAUUAAAGGAAACAAGCAGAUUCUUGACUUGGAAUCUGGCUUUGGGGCUUUCUAUAAUGACUAUGACCCACAACCUCUACCAGAACUGCAUAACUAUACAUGGCUAUUGGAAAAACAGGAUGUGGCCUUCAAACGUUUUCCUGCUCAUCUUGGAAUGCACUGGAUUGCAGAUGCAGCACUUGCUGUCCGGAAACACAUUGUUGAAAAUGGUGACUUGCUACCAGUUAACAGAAUAGACAAAAUUAUACUAAGAGUUCCAUGUGCCAAGUAUGUGAACCGCCCCUUUCCAGUUUCCGAACACGAAGCUCGUCAUUCCUUCCAGUUUAAUGCAUGCACAGCUCUUCUUGAUGGGGCAGUUUCUGUAGACUCCUUUAAUGACCACAAUAUUUCAAGGUCAGAUCUCAAGGAGCUUCAAGGAAAAAUUCAGUUAGAACAUCCAUCUGACAACAAACCCAAUUUUGAGAGCAUGUACUGCGAAGUUAGUGUAACUCUAAAGAAUGGAGCAACUUUUACAGAGAGAUGCGACACAUUCUAUGGUCAUUGGAGAAAACCUUUAAGCAAAGAAGACCUUGUGAAAAAAUUUACGGCAAAUGCUUCCACGGUUCUCUUGAGAGAUGGGGUUGAAGGUAUCGUGGAGAAUGUAAACAAACUGGAAGACCUAACUGACUGCUCUGUGUUAACUGCAUUUCUUAAAAUGAGAAAUCAAAAUAAGAAGUACAAUGAAAUAAUUUCAUCAUAA